AUGGCGUCUCAGCUAAAUGCUUUCAGCACUAACAUUCAAUUUUCCGAAUAUUUCUUCUCGUUGGAUGGUCCAACAAAACACAGAUAUUGCGAGAAAGUAAAUGAGAUUGGCUUUGAUCCUUAUGCGCUGAAAAAGUCUGAUUUUUCUGAAGAUUUUGCAAUGAUUCCUCGGGUUGAGUAUCCGGACAUUGUGAAUUAUUUAGUCUUGCAAACAUCGUGGGCUACCAAUCAACAGAUGAAGGCAUACAAAUCAAUGGAUACAUUUAAUUUUUUUGUAUCUGGCUGGGUUAAUGUGCUGCAGAUGAAAGAAGUUAGUGGAGGCAAAGUAGUUGUUUUUGCAAGGGUAAGCUAACCGAAAACGUACACUGUGGCAAUAGAAACCACGCAUUAUUAUGACUUGUUUUGUGAAGAUAAAGCUAAUAACAGUUAGCAGAAAAGAAUGGAACUGUGCUAACUGGUCACUGUAUGGCUGGUCUGAGUGAAGCGUGUUCUCACAUUGGUGCUAUGCUGUUUGCUUGUGAAACAGGGCCAAGAAUGCAGAACUCCGUGACUUGUACCGGAUCAGAAAACAAAUGGCUAAUGCCAUGUCAUGUGAAGGAAAUACCAUAUUUACCUGUGUCAGAAAUGGACUUGUCAUCUGCUAAACAGAAACAUGCUCUCCUCACUAACAAAGGAAAGGUUCCAAUGACAUUAAGGGACCUUCCUGUGAACAAAAACAGGGGAAUAAGACCCACAACAGAGGAACAAAACAAUUUUUUUUUAACAUUAGCAAGUGUGAAGGCAAGCCUGCCAUUUUGUCCCUUAUUGAACCAUACAAUGAAUUGUUUGUGGCUCAAGAGGAAGAGUACAUGA